AUGCCAACAACAACAAUGGCAAGUGCUGCCCGCAAGUUAGGCACAAUAGUUGUCGUGGCUUUCAUCAUUCUCUCAAGUUUUGCAAUCAUCACCAUGGCACAAGACGAUGGUGGAGUGAAUAUGGCCUCUACUGAACAAAUGCAACAGCUAAAGGCUCAAAAAUCUGUACACCUCAAUUACUUGGAGGUUUCCAGUGUGUUGAAAAAACAAGCAGAUGAACUAACGGCAUCUCAAGCAAAGAAGAAACUGUUAGACACAAAGGAGGCCAUCGAAUUAUCUGCUCCUUUCCUUGAAACAUUGAAUGUUACUGAAGAUCAAUUUAUUGCCAUGCUUUCAACGAAACAGACUCAGUUACAAAGUGUCAUGAGUUUGGAUUUGGAAUUGAACAAUUUACUUGCACUUACCCAAAAUUCUGCUGAUAUGGUCGGAAAGAACAUCAAAGAUUUUGUAAGCGCAUUCACUAAAAAAGCAUAUACCACAGAAGAAUAUUACACCACAAGUAAAGAAGCUGUCAAUGACACUGUAAUUCUCACACCACAAGAUUCCAUCUUACCAAAUUUUGGCUGGAAUACUCAGGUUAGAAGAAUUAGAAAUCGUCUCUCAGUUGGUUUGAAGCAUGUAUUAAUGUUGGGACAAAAUGGAAAACUUUACUCUACUGGUAUUGCAUACAAUGGAAAUCUUGGAAGAACGAACACAGAUUCCAGACUCUUGUACAAUUUACCUGUCGAAGGACUUGAUGGAUUACAAAUUCUUCAAUUUGAUGCCAACUAUUACUUUAGCUUGGUUCUCACUAACGAUGGAGUUUAUAGCUUUGGUAUUAAUGACUACUCUCAAUUAGGAACUGGAGAUAGAAAUCCUAGGUUAACAGCAGGAAAGGUCUAUGGAUUUGGAUGGCAAACUAUUGUACAGAUUGCUACAGGGUGGAGAUCAUCCUAUGCCAUUGAUUCGAAUGGUAAAUUGUGGGCAUGGGGAGACAAUUCAAAAGGUCAACUUGGUGAUAGAACCUUUUCCGAAAAGAAUCGACCAUUUCCUGUAUAUCCAUAUGGUGCUAUGGGUUCCAUUCCAGUUGUUAAAGUUUGUGGAGGAGGUGAAUUUGCUUUGGCUCUAACUUCCAACAAUACACUCGUUUCAUGGGGAGAUAACUCAUUUGGUCAAUUGGGAAACAAUAACAUCUCGGUGACUGUAUCUGGAGAGCCUGUACUGGUCUAUCAAUCAAGCGAAUUGUCUGGAAAAGUUAUUGUUGAUAUUCAAUGUGGUUAUGAUUAUGCAAUGGUACUUUCCAGCACAGGUGAAGUUUUCUUGUGGGGUAGAAAUGACAAUGGACAAUUAGGAGUUGCCUUAACAACAACAUAUUCCGCAGUUCCCAAAAAGUUGACAACUCUAACGGGUUGUACUGCCUCUCAAAUCUUUGCUAAACAUCAUAGCUCGUUUGUGUUAUGUACCGACAAUACUCUUUGGAAUUGGGGUAGAAAUGACGCUGCUCAACUAGGUACUGCCGCAACAACUUCCAAGAUUCCACUCCCUCAAAAGAUUGAUCAUACACUCUUCUUAACUUCCGAUUUCUCAACUCUUGGAUAUCCAAAAAUUAUUGAAGUAGCAACGAACAAGUUUAACACGUUCAUGAUGACAACAGAUUUCAAUAUUUGGGGUUCUGGAACUUGUGGUGACGAAGCCAAUUUGCAAUAUGCUUUCUUUUAUGGUGAGUCUACAUCCAAUGCCGCUGCAUGUUCAAGACAAGACUGUUCUGGUGUCACCUGCACUUAUCCAAGAAAUUACAUUUUGACUACCGCCAAUUAUGCUAAAAUGCCAACAUUUAAUGAUUGCUAUCUCCCACUGCAUAUGAGACGAGCUCCUUAUUUUGAAAUUGGAUCAAGAGCCUACUUGUUACAAACUGAAAAUGUUGUUCCCACUCGAGUUGGUAAUGGAUUUAACAUGUACUUCAAGGAGUUCAACGAAUCCGAAGAUGCCUGGAAUGUAUUGGAACGUGAUUCAUCACUUGGUAAUGCUUUCCCAUCCUCAUUGUAUAAUAGUCAUUUUUUGAAAUCCAACGAGUUUGUUUACUUCUUUGGAGGAUUUGUAAAUGAUGACUUGUCAAGCAAUAUUUAUAGAGCUCCCAUUUAUGAUGUGGAGAAUGGAUGGCAAUUAUUAGAGGCAAAUUUACCUUAUCCUGUUGCUUCUGGAAUGACUGCUGUGAUCAAUGGUUAUUUAUACAUUUUUGGUGGAAUAACCUCUGUUUAUAGCUAUACAGCUGGUUCUUCCAAACCAAUUCUAUCAACUUCUGUGACGGACAAGAUUAUUAGAGCACCCUUAGAUAACCUUACCAAUUGGAUGGUAGUUCCAAAGGUCCUUCCUUCAAAACUGCACAGUGGUCACAUAAGUAUUAUUGACAAAUUUGUUUACAUUUUUGGUGGAGCUACCGACUAUAGAAAAUCAGACUGGAACAUUUAUAGAGCACUGCUUACUGAUCCAGCUACUUGGGAAAUGACCUUUGGUUUGUUACCCUUCUACACAGCCAAUGCUGCUCUUGUCUCGACUAAAUCUCAAUUAUUCUUGUUAGGUGGAGCACGCGACAGUAACACCAACGCUGGUAAUUAUAUUGCAGUGGGCCACAAGUCAGAUCCUGUAAAAUCAUGGAUGGCUAGUGAUCGAGUAUUGCCUCCUGAUGCCGCACAGUCACUUAUUCCCGUUGUUAGAAAUGACACCGUGUUGUUAUAUGGAUCUGAAAUUAGAAGAACAACUCCAUAUAUGGCACAAUCGGCAAGGACGGGUCGUGUUUUAAAACUGUCUCUUGGCCUUUAUUAG